AUGCUGGGUUUGGGAUUGGGCAAUCAUCCAGCCAUAUUGGCAUACAGUAACACUGUAUGGAAACGUGGGCAACCGAAGCUCAAGACUUCGGGCGUUCAGGGCGACAACAAAACCGAUGAUUCUCUCAGUCUGCUUCGCGUGGUCGUGGAGUCGCAGGGUUUGAAACAAAGCAUCUGCAGGUUGAAGCCGUACAUCAAGUGCUCAAAACAAGGCAUUAUUUUACAAGCUAUGAAAUGCCGGGAUAUUCACACACAACAUCACCCGCUUACACACCAGUCCCAGACACGGCAGUGCGCUGGAUUCCAUAGCAACCGCAUAUCACAGUUGAUAUCAACAGCGCUUUGA